CGCUCUCACGCUUCUUUCUGUUAUCAGUAAAGUGCUUAGGGACAAGAUAGGAUUUACAGAAUGGCGUAUGGACUAGCUCUAAUCGGUUCAAGAGCCAUAUGCGCCCCAAACCAACCAAACCGGGACAAAUUAGGUUAGGAGUGCACAUGUCAACAACAAGAAAGCCGAUGUUGUAACUUUUUGUGCUAUUUUGUACGUACAUUGCUCACUUUUAAUUAAUAAAACUAUUUGUCGAAUUAACAUGGGAUGAACGAAUUGUCGUUUGUUUUUAAACAAGCAUAAAAAUUAUCUUGAAUUUGAUUUUCAUCAAGUAUCUCUUCGAUUAAAUGUUUGGAAAAUUAAACUUUCAAAGAUUUUUGUAAAAAAGAAAGGAAACACAAGAGAAAGAAAGAAAACUGUUUUGUGGAAAACAUGAGAAAUGCGAUAAAUUUCGCAAAUAGGCGAAUCGGCGAGUUCGCGGCAGCGUGUCGCACGUAUUGUAGACGAUAUUGCACCGCCAAUGAGGAGGAAUACAGGUUACCAAAAAAGAAGAAAAUAAUUCAUCCAUACCGCCAGAUUCAUCCGUGGGAGUCAAAAAAGGAAUUUGCAGAUAACUUAGUGAAGAAUGUUAUUUACAAUAAGGAUGGAUUAAUUGCAAUAAACAAACCAUAUGGCAUAGCUGUAAGUAAUAUCCAACAACAGAACCAACUUGAGAACAAGUCAAAAAGGUGUCACAUGAUUGUGGGAGAAGUAAAUUAUAGCAUAAAAGAUGUUCUCCUAUAUCUUGCAAAAGAAUUAGAUGUACCGCAACUAAUACCCUGUACAGGAGCAGAAAAAUAUAUGACUGGUAUCUAUGUCUUUGGAACUGAUGACAAAGUGUGCAAGCAAGUAGACAAAGCAAAAAAACGAAUAUCACAUGGGCUAUACAGAAAGUACUGGGUGGUUACAACUAGAGUUCCAAACACCAUCAGUGGAAAGCAUCACUUGGCAAUGAUUUUAAAAACAUCGCCAAAAGGAGGCAAAAAGCCCGUUAUCGUUACAAAAUGGUCCAACAACGCAAUCAAAAGAGAUGACGCUAAAAUUCUGAAUAUAAACUACAAGAUUCUAUCCAAUUCAACGUACAAUCUGAGUUCUCUGAUAGAAAUCGACGCGUCUACAAGAAAGUGGCAUAGCAUCAGACUGUUCGCAUCCACUAUGUUGUACAGUCCGAUUCUUGGUGACAAUUAUCACGGAUCGCGAGUUUACGAAAUGAUGGGAACGUGGAUGAAAGUUGAUCCGUUCGCUGAAUCCACUCUGAAUUUUCCGAAGAUAAACAAAGAAUUGUUAAAUUUGCUGAACGUGAGAGAAAGUCAACAAGAGAUUAUUCCAACUCACAUUCAUAUGAGAAGCAUGAUUUUACCUUCCUUCGGCGUGAAGAAGGAGGAUUUAAUAUUGGAAGCGCCGAUAAUCCAUCCUUUCGAUUGGACUUGCAAACAAUUGAUGUUCAAAAAUGUGUCGUACGCGGAUGAUGGUACGGAGCAAGAAACAGUAAAUAAUAACGAAGUAGUAACAAAAGCAGAGACAAUAUGUGGAUAACACACGAAACAAAUAGGUAGUUAACACACAACAAUUGUUUCGUUAUAAGUUACAAUUGUAAUAAAAAAACGAUAUUCAAUUGACUAACAAGUAAAUGUGUAUUUGUUGUUA